ACGAUGCGCAUUCACUGGAGCUAGCUUCGAGUCGACGGUUCGCGCAGCGGAAACGGAAACGGAAGUGAGAAAAGCCAAAUAAGUCGAGGAGAAAUCAACAGUGGCAGCAGCAGCCAAACCAGACGCAACUCAAUAAAGAAAAAGUGCAUAGUGAAAACGAAAGCCAAAGAACAGUUUGUGCACUUAAAGACCAGUUAAAGCCAACGAGCCAACGAGCCAACGAACCUUGAGCCUUGAGCCUUGGGCGACCGCAAACGAGCUACUGUGAAUACCUAUUCACAGUUGAGUGGGCGCUGAGGCGUGACACAGAUUCCGAUUGAGAAGGGAGCCGUAGAGUCACAGAGCCACAUUCGAAGACUGCACCAAGCAGCUGCAGCGGCUUUUAUCGAUUAUUUCGAGAGACAGCGACAGCGGACUGAGCAGCCGUUGAGCAAACGCAAACGGACGCAGUUCGUCCGAUUCUAGGGAAAGCGGCCCAGUACAAAACCACUACAACGGAGCCAUUCAGCGAGCGCAAUUUGGUGCUAGGCGCUGUCCGAGACGCCGCCAACAGUAAAACACGAACAUUGACGCUGAAAAAGACGACGCCACAUCGAUAGAGGCUGCACUGAGAGCACAACUGGGAACAGGGAACGAGAACGAAAACGAGAACGGGGACGGGAGCCAGCCAGCCAGCCAGCCAAAUGGCUUACCUAAUUAACAUACUCAAGUUCAAUGUGAAGUACUUAAAAAAUCAAUAAUUUGAGCACAGUCUGACAAUUGUCAUCCAUCACACUAUAUACACACAGACAAAUAUACAUACAUAUAUAUAAACCCUUAUAUAUAUUAAAGUAAGUGCUCGAUUGGGGCAUUCACACACACAAAAACACACACACACGCAGACACUCACACGUACGAGUUCCAGGACUUCCUCGUUUCCUCCACAUCCCGCUGCCGUGAACGUCUACUUUCUAUAGCCGUCUCGCUCGCGACUUGUUGUUGCUUUGCUGCAGCGAUUGCUGUCCAUUGCCAACGCUCGACCUGUACAAUGGAAAAGUCUGGGAAAUUUUCAGAUUACCUCUUCGCCAAAAUGGGUCCACCGAAUAUGACGGCAGCCGUGCACGGCACUGAGCUGCCACCGAAGACCACGGAACGCUGCGAUGCGCCCCUCGAGCUAACUGGCUAUCGCAAAUGGCUGAGCGAUAAUCUGAUGCUCCUUGUCACGCUCUCCGGCGUCAUGCUGGGCGUCAUUUUGGGCCUUUCGUUGCGUCCGUUGCAGCUGCACGAGGACUCCAUUAUGCUGAUCUCGUACCCAGGCGAGCUGUUCAUGCGUGUGCUGAAGCUGAUGAUACUGCCAUUGGUUAUCUCCAGCCUGAUUGCCGGCUCGGCUAGCCUCAAUGCCAAGAUGAAUGGCAAAAUCGCGCUGCGCACUCUCGUCUAUUUCGCCACGACUUCGUUGUUCAAUGCGGCGCUGGGCAUUGCGCUCGUCAUGCUCAUCCAUCCAGGCAAUCCGGACUUGCACAAUGCAGACGAUCGGGCAUCGGACAAACGGGCUGUUAAGUUACUGGACAGCCUUUUGGAUUUGGGCAGAAACGUUUUUCCGGACAACCUAUUCCAAGCAUCGAUACAACAGGCGCACACCGUCUACCUGCCCAAACCGAGCGUUUUGCAUAGCUUGAAUGACACAGCCAACGAUACAGCCGUAGGCAUCGUGCACGGCGUGGAAGCACAACGUCAAAUUCCGGAGAUGGAGCCGGUGGUGCUGGUGAGGGAUGUGCAAUAUCGCAGCGGCACCAAUACGCUGGGCAUUGUGUUCUUUUGCCUGGUCUUUGGCACCGUCUUGGGCACCAUCGGACAGAAGGGUCAGGUGGUUGUCGACUUCUUUGCUGCCGUAUUCGAGGUGAUCAUGAAAAUGGUGACGUGCGUGAUGUGGCUAACGCCGGUGGGCAUCAGUUCGGUCAUCGCUGGCAAAAUACUGAGUGUCGAUAAUCUGAGCCUGGUGAUGGCCCAGCUGGUGUGGUUCAUCAUAACGGUGGCCAUCGGUGUGGUCAUCUAUCAGCUAAUUGUGAUGCAGUUCAUCUACUUUGUGUUCGUGCGACGUAAUCCCUUCAAGUUCUACAAGGGCCUCAUUGAGGCCAUGCUAACCGCCUUUGCCACAGCAUCAACCGCCGCCGCUCUGCCGCUGACAUUCCGCUGCAUGAACGAGAAACUGCGCAUUGAUCCGCGCAUCACACGCUUCGUCCUGCCCAUUGGCUGCAACAUCAACAUGGAUGGCACCGCCCUCUUCAUAGCUGUCGCCUCCAUCUUCAUCGCCCAGAUGAGCGGCAUGGUGCUGGGCUUUGGUGAGCUCUUGACCGUGCUGCUGACCUCCACGGCGGCCUCCAUGAGCUCGGCGAGCGUGCCGAGCGCAGCGCUGGUCCUGCUUCUAGUCGUCCUGACCGCCAUCGAUGCACCCGUACAGGAUGUGACAUUGCUCUUCGCCGUGGAUUGGUUUGUUGAUCGCAUACGCACAACCAACAACAUGCUAGGGGAUUGCUAUGCCGCCGCUGUCGUCGAGGAGCUAUCGCGCAAGGAGCUAAUGGCCUUGGAUGCUGCUGCUGUCAAUUACCAGGAUAUGCCCGCUGGUACACCCAAUGGGCAUCAUGUGGGCCUGCUGGAGGGCCAAACCGAGCUGGAAUCACCCGGAAAAUGUCAAUUGAAUGACUCCGUAGUCGUGGACAUGAGCGCCGUAAUGAAUAAUGUGAAUCUACAGCAGGAGCAGAGCAAUCGUCGGGUCUAAGCGAUUGAACAGGACUUUAAGCAGAAGCACCAAUAAGCACGUAGAUUACCACCAAUAGACCACAGUGUUCCCCCGAUAACAACAACAACAACAACAAAAACACCUUUUGAUAAACUCUUUUUUGAUUUUUUGAUGAAGAAACUUUUCAAAAUAUGAAAACAAAAACAAAACCAAUAUACCCUGAUUUCCCAUUUUCAAUGGGCUCAGGGUAUAAUAAUUCAACAUUUAUAGAAAUGUCAAUCCAACUGUUUGUGAGACUGUCCAAAUAGAAUUUUGUCUAUGAUUUAAACCCACCCUGAAAAAGAAUGAAGAAGAUAGUGAAAACUAUAUCAGAUAGACAAGCAUACACAUAUAGCUGUGUUUCCAUAAAAGAUCUGACCAAAAUAUCAAUAGCAAUUACUUAGGCAGAUGCAAAUAUACACGCGAGGAUCGAAUCGGAUCGGAUCGGAUCGAAAGUAAAUAUAUAUACACAUAACAAACAUAAUAAUAGAUUACGAAUAUAGUAGAGGCCACCUGCAAGAUUCAUAUAACACAUAUAUAGGCAGUUAUAUGAGUCAAUUAAUAGGCGUAUACGUAUAUAUAAUUUCGAUAUGAUAUGCAAUGAAAGUAGUAGCAACAAAAUCUUAUAUUAUAAAUAUAUACACUCAACUAAUUUCAAGAGAAGGAAAUGGGAAUGGAUUUUUGUGAUGUGUUUUAAACUAUAUGCAUAAUCUGUAUGGGUAUUAUUUUAUAAGCGCCGCGGCUAGGGUUGGCCAGGCGACCUAUUUUUGUGAUUGUGUCAUUGAUGGCAAGACGGGAACUUUUUAAAAAACAAUUAUGAUUUAACAAACAUUAUAAUAUACAAUAUAUACUAUAUUUAUAUUGAGAGACAUUUUGUUUUUCUUAUGUAAUGCAAUUUGUAAGUGCAAAUGCGCAGGUUGUAAACGAAGUUGGCUUAGUUUUCGCUUUGGUUGGCUGCGAAACCCACCUCAGUUCAAUUGAUUUUGUUUUAGACCACACUCACCUAUAUAUAACAAUUUAUAUACAUAUGAUUGUAUAUCCCUUAUGCAUACGUAGACUGAUAGUAGAAUUAGUGUGAUUAUAUUGAAACAUACAUACAUACAAAUACUUACUUAUAAAACAUACCGAAAAACCAUAUCCAACAUUCGAUUUGUACGCAUACGCUGAAUACAAUAAAAUAAUAAACAGUUAUGUUAA